CUUUAACUUGCUUUGACUAACGUGGUAGAUGUAAAUGCAUGGUAAACAAGUGCAUAAGAUGAGUGAUCGACAAAUUUAGUAACAUGUUUCGAUACUCUCACUAUUUCGAUUUAAAAUUGAAAAAAUUAUCAAGAACUUUCUGUGCCGAAUGUAAUAUUUAUUAACAGUUGUGCGUGAAAUUUUAUUUAAUUAUGGAGUUCUAUUAUUAUAUUUAUUUGCUUGACACAUGUGCAUAUCUACCGUGGACUUCUUAAUUGUACAUAUUUCAAAUAUUUAUAAUGGACGUACCCUAAAAAUUAAUUAAUUAUAAUUGACAAUAAAUUAUAUUUAUAUAUAAGUACUACGAAUAUAAUGGCGACACCCACUAACGGUAACGGUAAUCUCAUCGACGAAUUUGAGGAAGCAUUUCAGCAAUGUUUGAGUAUAUUAAUAACGAAAGACGAAGGGUUAGGAAACAAUGGAAUUGGAGUGUCAGGUGGUUUGACUGUGGAUAAAGAAGAAGCACGUAGUGAAGUUGAACAGGUCAUGCUAAGAUUUAUAGAUCUGGCAAGACAGAUGGAAGCUUUCUUUCUGCAGAAACGAUUUUUGUUGUCUGCAUUGAAACCAGAAUUAGUAAUAAAAGAAGAUAUCAAUGAUCUUCGAGUAGAAUUAGCACGUAAAGAAGAUCUCAUAAAAAGGCAUUAUGACAAAAUUACAGUAUGGCAGAAUUUAUUAGCAGAUCUACAAGGCUGGGCAAAGUCUCCAGCUCAAGGUCCAGCACCUAAUGGUUUACCAAAUGGUACUCAAACUGGACAGAACCAACAAAGUGCCAAUGGAGGUGGAAAUGCAACGAUGCAACAACAACAGCAAAUAUUACAACAUCAGCAGCAACUCCAACAGCAACAACAACAGUUGCAACAUCUACAACAACAUCAAAUGCAACAGCAACAACUUCAUCAGCAACAGGUACAACAAGGGUCUGGUGCACCUCCCACAUCGGGUCUUCAAGGAGUUGGGGUCUCAGUUGGACAACAAGGAAUGUUCAUGACACAAGGAGGAGUAAGUGUGACUGGUACACGGGGUGGAUUUCCCGUCGCAGGUGUAGGAAGUAGUGCUCUCCAGGGUCCUCUCGCUUUCCUGGAAAAGACAACGAGCAAUAUAGGAAUGCCCGAAAGGCGGAGUUGACGCGGAAGGGGGAGGGGCCGGGGUCGGGGUCGAGGAAAAGGCCGAGGAAGAGGACGAGGCGGAGGAGGCAGUUUACCUCCGCCACCACCACUUCUCGAUACUUCGGACCCGUCGUCGUAUGCUGCUGCUGCCGCAGUUGCAGCUGCUGCGGCAGCGCCCCUUCCCUCUCCACAGCAGCAGCCUCCACCAUCUUGUACAUGAAUAUGUUUACAACAAAUUAAUUUGUUAUUGUAAGAUAUCGUUCCUAUAACUAAAAUUAUUGCGGUCGCAGAAAAUUGUUUUCGAUCGUAUAGGUUUAUACUAUCUUUAGUAAAAGGGCGGAGCGCAUUGUUAAGUUAAUGUUUAGUACGCAAUUUUAUAAUAUGGUUAUAUAAAUAUGUACAUUAAAAAAUAUGCGUGAUGCAUCUUAAUUAAUUAUUUAAAAAACAGGAUUUUAAUUAAAAAAUGAUAAUUAAAUAAUGCCAGUUUUAUUAAAUCGUACAUCAGUAUAAAUAAUGAACAUAUAAUACCAUUCAGUUAUUUCUGGAAAAAUAUUUUGUGUUCAUUCUGUAAAUUGCUGACUUUUUACUUUGGUAUUUUAUAUUUUCUCUUUAUGUAAUAAUAACUGGAAAAUUACAUAAAGAAUAUAUGGUGUAUUCAUGAAAUAAAAUAAUCAGUACAUAUGUCCUUUUAAACUGUUCAAGGGGAUGAGCAGCAGAAACUGUACAUAAGAAAAUUGCAAUGGUCAAAGCGUUAAAAUAAAUUUUACAUGUACAUAAAAUUAGAAGUACGACUUUUCAUACAAUAAGUCAUAUUGUAUUUUAUUAUAUUAAGUUCAAAUAGUUAUUAACACCCUUACAAAUUACGUGUAAUAGUUUACACGAUAUUGAUCAAAAUUAUGUAUUUUAAAUGCAACACAAAUAAAGUAUAAAUUGCCCAAAAUUUAAUAUACCUCCCAUAGAUAUAUCUCUAUUAUAUUAAGCUAUACUUUGUACAAAUUUAGUAUAUUGUAUUCUAUUCUAUACGACGUCGUACAAUCAGACCUUUUUGAUAUUGUUAAAUCUUUCCUAUUUCUUUAUGAUUAUUGAUAGUCACUGACACUGUCUUUAAUUGUUUCAGUAAAUGUAACACACCUUAUAUAAUGUGAAUAAAGCAAGCUGUACAAAAGAAGAUUCACCAUAUUUGUACUAGGUAUUGCUGUACUGUAAAGAUAUAAUUCUGUACACAAAUACAAUGACUACGAAUUUUAUAAA